CUUAUCCUCUGUGAUCUGAUCCGUGGCCAGGAUGAGUUCCUCUCCCUGGGAAGGGAUAAGCGCCUCUAGUUCCUUUUACUCCAUCCAUCCCUGUGGAUCAACCUGCUGCUACCUCUACACCUGCAGUGAGUGCAAGGACCAAGUGGACAGGCGCUGGUGCUACACAGUCUGUAAGGAUUAUGGCUUGUGUGUCUUCUGCUAUCACAGUAAACACCAUGACCACCCGAUGGAGAAACUGGGUCUCAGCUUAGAUGAUGACCCCAGCAACCAGCAGGCUGCGGCCACCCAGAGCCCAGAACAAUCUCACCGCCUGAGCAACCAGCACUGCAUCCAAUCCCUGGCCCAUGCCUGCCAGUGCUGUGAUGCUACCUGCUCCCUGCCCUCCUGCCACAAGAUGAGUCAGAUUGUACAGCACACCAAGGGCUGCAAAUGGAAAACCAAUGGCAGGUGCCCCAUCUGCAAGCAGCUGAUUGCUCUCUGCUGUUACCAUGCCAAGCACUGCCAGGAGAACAAGUGCCCUGUGCCAUUCUGCCUCAACAUCACGUGAAAGCGUAGCCAACAGCAGCUGCAACACAGGCUCCAGCAGGCCCAGAUGCUGUGCAGGAGGAUGGCCAGCAUGCAGCGCACUGGUGUGGUGGGGCAGCAACAGGGCCUGCCCUCCCCAACUCCUGCCACUCCAACCACACCAACGGGCCAACAGCCAGCAACUCUGCAAGUGCUAGGCUCAUUCCAUGGAGCAGCAGGCCAGGUGACCCUUGAGCCCUCUUUCAGGCUGCUCGGCUACUACUUCCAGGGCCCCGACCUGCCACUGUAGAAAUGGCAGUGCAGAUUCAGACAGCAGCUGAGACACUUGGUUAAAUUUUCCAAAGGCCAAUACAGUACCUAAUGGCCCAUGGCUCCCAUGGCCCCCAUGGGUAUGAACCCACCUCCCAUGACCAGAGGCCCAGUGGGCAUCUGGAGCCAGGGCUAGGGCCCCUGGCAAUACAGCAGCAGCACCCUGGGCCCAAGGAGGACUGCCUCAGCCCCGGCAACUCCAGUCCAGUGUGCUAAGGCCAACCAUGAUCUCUGUGGCCCAACACUGGCUGCCGUUGAACAUGGCUCCACAGCCAGGGUUGGGUCAGGUAGGUGUGAGCCCACUCAAACCAGGCACUGAGUCUCAAGCCUUACAAACCCUCCUGUGGACUUGGGCCUCCCAGGUCUCCCCCACAGCAGCAAACCCUUGUGCCCACCCCAUGAGUGUUGGCUACACUCACGACACAGUGGGCUGCCAAGUCUGCCAACUCAUUCACAGUCUCUCACAGAGCACCCUAGACAUACACG